UGACGUAACUGUCCGCUUUGGGUGCCCCUCGGCUCGGGCGUCUGUCGGGAGGGGGCUCGGGAAAUAUUUAGGGGAGCUCCCCGAUGCCUCGGCCCUCGGAAGUGCCAUGAGGUCGGUGAGCUACGUGCAGCGCGUGGCGCUGGAGUUUAGCGGGAGCCUCUUCCCGCACGCUCUCUGCCUCGGAGACGCCGACAACGACACGUUAAACGAGUUGGUGGUGGGAGACACCAGCGGAAAGCUGUCCGUGUACAAGAAUGAUGACAGCCGGCCAUGGCUCACCUGUUCCUGCCAGGGAAUGCUGACUUGCGUUGGAGUUGGAGAUGUUUGUAAUAAAGGAAAGAACCUGGUGGUGGCGGUGAGCGCUGAGGGCUGGUUUCACUUGUUUGACCUGACACCUGCCAAGGUCCUGGAUGCUUCCGGGCACCACGAGACACUAAUAGGAGAGGAGCAGCGUCCAGUCUUCAAGCAGCACAUCCCUGCCAACACCAAGGUCAUGCUGAUCAGCGACAUCGAUGGAGACGGGUGUCGCGAGCUGGUGAUAGGUUACACAGACCGUGUAGUGCGGGCCUUCCGCUGGGAGGAGCUGGGUGAGGGCACCGAGCAUCUGACAGGGCAGCUGGUGUCCCUCAAGAAAUGGAUGCUGGAGGGUCAGGUGGACAGUCUCUCGGUGACUCCAGGGCCACUGGGUGUUCCUGAACUGAUGGUGUCUCAGCCAGGCUGUGCCUACGCAGUUCUACUGUGCACCUGGAACAAGGACGUUGGGUCCCCUCCUGCCUCUGAGGGGACUGCAGAGGGCAGUAGGGAGACUCCAGCUGCCCGAGAUGUAGUGCUGCACCAGACAUCUGGCCGCAUCCACAACAAGAAUGUCUCCACUCACCUGAUCGGCAACAUCAAGCAAGGUGCAGGCCACAACCCUGACAGCAGUGGCUCUGGCCUCUUUGCCCUGUGCACCCUGGAUGGGACCCUGAAGCUUAUGGAGGAAGCAGACAAGCUGCUGUGGUCGGUACAGGUGGAUCACCAGCUUUUCGCCCUAGAGAAGUUAGAUGUCACGGGUAAUGGGUGUGAGGAGGUAGUCGCAUGUGCCUGGGAUGGACAGACGUAUAUUAUUGAUCACAGCCGCACCGUCGUCCGCUUCCAAGUGGAUGAAAAUAUCCGUGCCUUCUGUGCAGGCCUCUACGCCUGCAAAGAAGGUCGCAACAGCCCCUGCCUCGUGUACGUCACUUUCAACCAGAAGAUCUAUGUGUACUGGGAGGUGCAGCUGGAACGCAUGGAGUCCACCAACUUGCUGAAACUGCUGGAGGCUGAGCCGGAGUACCACAGCCUGCUGCAGGAGCUGGGUGUGGAUCCUGAUGACCUCCCUGCAGCCCGCACCCUGCUUCACCAAACCCUCUACCAUCCGGACCAGCCACCACCAUGUGCACCCUCAGGCCUCCGGGAUCCCACCUAGCAGAGCGUGCCCUCUUAGCUGGGGAAGGGUCCUCCUGAGCCCAACCCCCAUAGGUAUUAAGGCAUUGGCAAGACAGGGAAUAUCCAUUCCAAAGGAGCAGGAUUUGACUCUGGGCCUGGACAGAUGGGAGAACCCCUGGGUUACCAUGAAAUAUAGAAUUCAUGGUCUUUUUGGCAAAGAGACAAGUUGCCCAUUUCCUCGUGGACCCCACCCAUUAAUCACAUCAGCAGGCUCACAAGACCCCGGGCUUGUUUUAGAUCAUCUGAGACACCCCCUGCCCCUCCCUAAGCUCCCCACUGUCACUGUGUGGAAAACAGAGACCGGCAUGUGAGGGGAGUACAGAUCUUUUGCAUGGCCCCAGCACCCGGGAGGAAGCCAGGGCUUCAGGCCCAGCGCGCAGUGAGGGCUGCAGCCUCCUGAGCGCCAUCUCUCAUGCAUUAGUAAUUACUGCAGGAAGGGCAAACCAUUGGUUUUGUUUUGAGGGGUCCUUCGGGGCAUUUUACUUGUGUAACUCGUGUUCACAGGAACCCAAAGAUGAUUUUCCUCCAUUUCCCGAAGCAGCUGGGUCAGUGCCUUCUCGUUUUGCCAUAGACUACAAGUACUGUGCUGCUCCAUAGGCCUUGCUCCCAUUUCCCCCAAAAUAUCUUCCUGUCUAUAAGACAAUAGACAUUUAAAAUCUGAUGCAGGGUCACUUGGGAGAGCAUAGUGCUCGUAACACCAAGGUCAAGGGUUCAGAUCCCCAUACUGGCCAGCCACAAAAGAAGAAAUUAUGAUGCAGGUUUAUGAUCUAGACCACAGUCAGAAUUAUACCUUUGGUCGUUUAUGUCCCUUCUGCUCUUGAUUCUCUGUGAUAUAAAUUAGUGUUUUUCAUGUUGUAGGUUGCAAUCCUUUAGGGUUGUGGCCAGCGUUUUUUAAAUAAAUACAAUAGAAUAAGGUAAAAUAGCAAAUAUCAGAGUACAUUGCUCACAGGGUAGGUAAAUGUCGUUAUGUUACAGUUGUAUGUGUACACGUAUACUGAGUGUGAGGUAAAAUAUGCUUCCUACUGUGAGUUGUGGUCAAAGGAGUUUGAAAGCUAUUGCUGUCAAUUAUACUGACCCCAGUUGAUGGGUCUACCUGGGGAAGAGCCCGUAUCCAUUCACAUUUCUUUCUGUAAGAGAAUAAGGGCGGAGUUACCAUUCCGCUCCUCAUUGGCAGGAGGAAGACCAGAGAAGAACAUCAGCAUAGAGAAACAGGUGUUUAUUCAAAUGGAGAAGCAGCUGAGCUGAGGGCCUGCCAUUGGGCCUGGGGUCUGCAGUUACAGAAGCAACAGGAGGCAGAUAGGCAGAGGGACAGGGCAAGACCCAGGAAAGCAGAGGCCAUGGAGCAAGGCAGCGUGGGAGAGAGAAUCCUGUAGGAUUUUGAGACCAGAUACUAUGACACAUGUGAUAGCAUGCCCCUCUCCUUUCCUUCUGAGGGCAGGGGUACCGGGCAGCUCCUUGCAUCCCGUUUCUUCUCCAGUUUCAUCUACCCCAGGCUCAAGCAUCUGUUUCCAGCCCAAGGGUCCCAGUUCUGUGGUUCAAGUUAGUUACACCACUUUCUUUACCCCUAAUUCAUGAUUUGAGAGUCUAAAAUCAGCCAGAAAGACACUCAGAGGUCCGGCUCCUUAAGGUUUGGGGUUUUCUCUCCACAGUAAAGUCAGAAGAGCAUCUUUUUGCUUUGGCUCAGAGCCUGGUAGGGGAUAGAAAGCCACUGAUUCCAGGACAAGACAAGCUUACACUCAGGAGACCAGAGAUAAGGGGUUGGAAGAAGGCAUAAUGAGGUGGAUAGUUCUAGAAAGAAGAAAGAACACUGGAUAGGUUAAGUCUGAGGACUGACAGCCCUAUCAUCCUGUCCAGUUUGUAGGGGCAGUUCUCUUCAGGGUUCUCCAGAUACACCCCAAAGUUCAAGGGCCUAGUGGUUUCAAGAAGCAAGCAGAGAAGGGUAAAUAUCUGGAGUAAAUAUUAGAGGUAUAUCCAAGGCUUUGCACAGAGUAAUCAAAUAAUAACUGGCUUCAGAUGUUUCCAACCUCAGAAAAGGUAACUAAUAAAAGCUCUCAGCCUGAUAAGCUGGACAUUC